GACAUUCCAUCAGAUGUGGUCAUAGUAGUAUUUGUUAUUGUGUUCGAAUUUCGAAUCGAACAUGCUUUCGAACUGUCAAAGUGGAGAACACAUUGUUUCUCGAAAUUCCAUCAGAUUUGUGACAUAAAUAUUGUGAAAUUGAGAUUUAGAUUUAAGUAAAAUGUGGUCCAGAACAAUGAAUCGGAAUUUGGUGCAGAGAUCGUUGGUGUGUUUUCAAAAUCGCAACAUUCACUCGAGUAUAGUGUGUCAUGGGUAUAAACAUCAAACCGACAAGGGAGCGAUAAAGCCAAAUUCAAAAUUGCGAACUGAUUUGAACAAAAAUAGUGACCGGUUUCUUUACAAUCCAAAGAAUGAAAUUCCGCUGUUUGGUUACGAUGACCCAGACAAAUUUGGCUCGUUGAAUCGUCAAGUGUCUGAACCUGAGCCGGACGAAGGUGACAUCGCCGAUGACGAGCACUAUCGUAAUAUUCCGCUUCGCCGAGAUCAGUUGUCACAAAAACGAUACACAGACAUGGUGAAAAGGUUUAUACGUGAUCGACGUAUGAAGGAGGCAAUUGAUGUACUUGAGGUUCGAAUGAAAGAGGAUCGAGUGAAGCCCGACUACUACAUUUAUGAAUUGCUAAUCAUGGAAUGCGGUCGACUUGGUUACACAAAAAAAGCAUUUAAACUGUACAAUCUCAUGAAGAAAAGAGACCUAAGAAUUAACGGUCAAGUGUAUGCAGCGUUGUUUAGUGCUUGUGCAAAUACGAUUCAUCCAUCAGUUGGUCUGGAACUGGCAAAAAAUCUGCGAAAGUCUUUGAUUCAAAACGAGUAUAUCCCCAAUGAGAUCAUUUACAAUACAAUGAUAAAAGCGUUCGGUCGAUGUGGUGAUAUCGACACGGCCUUUCAACUCGUCGACGAAAUGAAGGAUAGAAAAUUGCUAAUGAAAGUUCAUACAAUGAAUCAUUUGCUGCAAGCUUGUUGCUCGGACAAAGCAUAUGGUUUUCGGCAUGCGCUAAUUGUAUGGCAUAAAAUCUAUCAUCACAAAAUGGUUCCCGAUAUUCAUAGUUUUAACUUGAUGAUUCGAUGCACUCGCGAUUGUGGCAUUGGUGAUACGGAUGAAAUGCGAAAAGUCAUCGCGAAUAUUCUACAAAGUAGUCAAGCCGCCGUUAAAUUGAGAUCGAGUAAAAAACAACAAGUUUUAUUCAUUGAAGAUAAACCCAAAAAAGCAAUUAACGCCGCUACAAAUGAAGGUGAAAACAGCGAUUUGGUGGAACAGUCUGGAUUGAAAAAUGAACUUGCAUCAAAAAGUGUGUGUGAUCAAAUGCCAAAUCUCCUCACAAAAUUACCGCAUUUGGGCUCAGUUGUGAAAUUAUCCAUGGUGCAAACACCUGAAGAUCGACUUAUGCUUCUAGGCGGCGUGAAAGGAAUCAUUGAUGAAUUCGAGGAGACCAAAGUUCGACCGAAUGUUAAAACAUUCUCGCAGUUGCUGUACACAAUACCAUCGACACGCGAGGCUGAACACGAUUUGAUUCAACAAAUGCGGUAUAUGAGAGUUCGAGCGGACAUCGACCUCUUCAAUUUGCUUAUCAAACGGCGCAUUCUUCGAAACGAUUAUGAUGGUGCAAAGCAAGUUUUGAAUAUGAUUGCCAAGGUGAAUUUAAUUCCGGAUAUUGUGACUUAUGGCGUGCUGGCAAUAGGAUGUAAGACACGGGAACAAGCUCAAGAAUUCCGAGAGCGGCUUGAUGAAAAGGGAAUCAGAUUGAACAACGAAAUUCUGGGUGCCUUAUUGAAAAAUGCCACUUUCAUAAAAGACUAUGACUACGUCAACGAUGUUCUCGAGUAUGCAAUGAUCGAAAACAUUAAGCCAUCGCUUCGAUUUACCGAAAUUCUGGGUACUUUCAAAAAUGGUCGCUAUUACAAGUUGCAAAACAAUGACAACAAUGAAGAGCUUGCCAAGUAUAAUGCGUUCUACAAAGUUUAUAAAAAGUGGAAAUCGCAAAUGGAAUUGACCGGCUUAUCGACCGAUGAAGUGAAAAAAUUAUUGUAUGUGCAUCCGUGGGGGCAGUUGAAAGAAGCCGAAGGUGAAGGCAUCGAAGACGUGAAAAAUAUAAAUACAAGACGUCUUUGGAAGCGGCAACGCGUUCUCAAAAAACUAAACUCAAGUUGCAUCGAAAAAAUACAUAGUCAAAAUAAAACACACGAAAAUUCAGAGAGAAAAGAGCCAACAGAAAAUCCAGAGCAAACCAACAAGAAAUAGAUUUAGUUUUUUUUAGCCAUUUAAUUUCGAUAGUUUUAUAUUAAAUAAAAGAAAACAACAUUUAAA